GCAAUUAGCCGGCUAACCCUGCUUUUUUGCAGGGCCAGAUAGUACCGUACUAUUUACCGUGCUAGCCCACUUUGCUAAAACGUAGUGUGAAAAUGAAAUGGGCUAAGCUUAACCCCAGGAAAUUGGUGGGGCUAAGACCCCCCCCUUAGCCCCACCAAUUUCCCGGGGUUAAGGAAAAAAAGUGCAGUGUGAAAAGCAUAUGAAAGUUAUAGUGCUUGUAAGGAUGACUAUGUUUGGUUUGGCUUGUUCGUCAUGUUGACUUAAUAAAUUCUUGCCAUAAAAUGCAGUGAAGCUUUGCAUGCUUUGUAUUUGAUCAUGGAGAGUCAGAUUGUUGAAUUCAGAACUGGUUUGAAUUGCAUUUUUUGGCACAUGUUAAUGUCUUUUAAUAGCGAUAUUGACAUGCUGUAUGGUGUUGGUAUUAAAAUCAAAUAAUACUAAAAUUUAAUAUAUGAGGUAUUCUCUUUGGUUUUGGAAGUUUUGGAAGUUUGUAAAUCUGAUAAUUUACUUCCAUCCAUCAUCAACUCAAUGCCGUUCAAAAGAUUUUUAAUUCACAAGCAUUAUGGUUUAUUCCAAUAGUAAGAUUUUAUCUUUAGAAGCAGGAUGGAUAUUUUGAGUGAAUAAUGCAGUUCGAGCAUAUUCUGGUAAGAAUAUUCAAAGAAAGUUGCAAUUUUUUAUGGAAUCAUGAUCAAAGAAAUCAGCAACUUUGACUGAACACUUGUACAUGGAUGUUCGGCAUGUUCCACUUUAUUGAUAUCCCCUUAAGACCCCCAUCUCCUGCUGAUUUUUUCUUUUUUAAUGAUUACACUUUAAAUAGUCAAACAGAAAUUUAACUGUUCAAUGUGAUGAUCUAGUACUCAUGCAGGUAUGCAUGUACAUGUACAUGUACACAAGCUAUCCCUUCCUACUGUUAACAGUCAAAGUAAAACAUCCUUCUUAUCAAUUUUCUAUUUUUGCUUGCAGGAAAAGAUGCAGGCCGUGCGGAGGAAGGCAUGGAGGAUCAUGUAGCAACAGGAGGACUUCCCUAGAGCGACUUGAGAAUCUCUACCCUCAACUUCAGAAUCUCUAACCAUCACACAGGCAGGUGACAAGAAUAGAACACACCACCACCUCCGCCCAUGAAAACUGUUCAGUAUCGGCCCAUCCGUCGCAUUCCAAACACAAGGCUGUUGUGUGAUUUCUGUAUACAAAUAAGGCAUGAAAUAAUAUCAAUACCUGGAGUUCAUGUACGUUUUAUUGAGGGGCGCCCACCUGUAAAGGAGACCAAGAAUAUUCUUUUUAUUAGAGACUUCCCGGCUCAGCUGCUGUGAAAGAGAGAACUGGAUCUCUAUUCCAGCCCUGUGUUGGAUGGACUGUUGAUUAUUAGUGCCGUUCAAUAAAGCAUUGGAUUGUUGUCGUCAGUGUUAUAUUACUCAUCUCGGAGAAAUGUCCUGUGUCCGACACGAGUCGUCAUCAGUGGGAAGGAAGUAGGACAAUACAUGUACAUUCUCAACAACAAGCGUGUGUGUGUGAUAUUGUUUCCCUAACCCAUCUUUUAAUGAGAUGUAAUAGAGAGUUUCCCAUCGAGCUAGACGGUGUUUUAUUAAUAGCCCCCCUUCGGUCGCAUUGGCGUGAAUGUUGGAUCGGCUUGAGCAAGGAAAGCCCCCUUCCUGGACGGAGCUCGGGAACAUAAUACUUGUGAAUUAGGUUGGAAUACCAUGUAAGCAGCGGUAAUAUUGGAUUAGACUAAUCACCAUCCUGUGUUUCAAACCCAUGCAGUUGGGUUGUUAUUGGGGUUGUGUACUGUAUGUAUAUAAAGCACAAAGGAACUAUGCACGGUGUACGGCAUGGGAUUUUGGUAGUCGGAAUACUCGCAGUGCAGCUAAACUGAGACCAGUGGAUUACAUAUUAAAUGACAGAAGAUCAUGGUUUGACCUGGUGGCUACAUGAAAAUUGAAACCCAUCCCGACUAAAACAUUGAUAUCCAGUUAAUUACCUCUUUCCUGUAUCAGUACAAAUAUAGCCCCAUGUAGGGGUAUCAUCACCCAUUCCAGUGGAUUUCUUUAUUGCUAGUUUGUGUGUGUGAGGAAAACUGUAAAAGAGACCAUUCAAAAUGGAAGUUGUGACGGCAAAAUACCCGUACAGUUACAAGAACGGGAACGGGGACAGCCUCCAGAUGAAGCCUGGCGAUGUCUUCCAGCUCAUCAAGAAAUCCAACAAAGACUGGUGGUACGUCCGCAAGAUGGGUGAGAAACCCGUGUACCUUCCCGCUUCGUACCUCCAAGAGAAGGACAAGCCGUCAGCGGCACCGGCGACGACUCCGACCUCCGUGCCUUCUGGUAACGGGGAGAGGAGAGACUCGGGAGGUCGGGAUUCGGGCGGUCGUCAUGGAAACCACAAUAUCAUGAUGCAGGAAAUAACUAAGACUAAGAGGUUUACGAAGCCUCCAAACACGAACUAUGAAGAGAGCAGUGGUAAAGAGAGACAAAAGAGACCGACUGAGCUUGAUGUAAUCAUUCCGGCACCGCUGAGAGAUGGAUUGCCAAGUCCUUUUUCAGAGCCAAGUAGCCCUCUGGUAAGUAUCUCAAUUUGUUGAAGUUAUUAAAAAGAAAUUAGUUGCAAGUUUGCAGCAACAAUGACUUCAUUACCCCCCCAAAAAAAAAAAAAAAAAAAGAAGGAUAAUUGACACCAUAUCAUGGUAAAUUUUAUCUACAUGUAUCUGGUUUACAUGUAUAUUUACAACAUGAAAUCAGGAAAUCGUUACUAAGCUGAAAAAAAUCAAAAUCACCAACGCAGAUAGGCACACAUGGGACAGUAUUACUAUUGCGUCGAAAAGAACACACUUCUGGCUGGAAUGCCAGGAUUGUUUUUUUUUCCAAUUUCUCAGCAAUUGCACAUUUUAUACCAGAAUCAUUUGCUUGCACAUAUUUUUUAUUCAUAGUACACGCUUUGUGGACAUUUCAUUGGUGAAUUGCCAAUUUGUCUGCUGCCAACUCAUCCACUCACCACAUGGUCUACCUUCAUUUUCUAAUGCCAUUCCAUCCAUCAACAUUUCAUCUUUAACCAUUUGGUCCAAUAAACAGUUGGUCUAUUAUCCAUUUUAUUUUCAUUCAUUUCACCCAAUUAUAACACAAUGGCUAUUGGACCAACCAGUUAUUUAGACCAUCUGGAUAGUGGACGAACUGAUGGCAGACCAAAUGAUAGGAGACGAGUUGGUAAUUGGACAAAUUGGCAUUAGACCAAUUGAAAAUACCGGUAAACCAUUUCAUUGGAUCCUGUUUGAACUCAUUUUCAGAUCAUUACACCAACUUGUGUUUACAUAAAAGGGGAAUCUAUUAAAAGUCCACUCCAGAGGAUUGUUCUUCAGAUCCUGAAACAUUUAAAAUCUAAGAAAAAAGAGAUAGAUAUUUGUAUAAUAUACAUUAUGUAAUCUCAUACCUACAUUUCUGUAUGCAGUAUAUGACUUGCAUCAUUUUUGUGUUUCCAAUAUCAUCAUAGACCUGUGCAUGGUAAUGGGCAUAAGCUCCUUCCACCAAUUCCAUGUUACUGUUGAUCUUGAGCUUGGAUCUUAAAAUAAACAUCAGCACUAUCAAACUUUGGCUACAAAAAGAAGGAGAGAUAGAGGAUCGGUGUAUAAAUGUACAUGUAGUACACCAAUUUUUUGUAAACCUACAUAAAAUACAAUGUAGCAUUGACUGCUUUAUACAUAACAUGCAUUUGUUUUAUACUCUGAGGCAUUGUAGAGCUUGAACUUGUAUGAGAUGAGGAUUGAGGACACAUGUUGAUGGUACACAGGCACACAUGUUCAAGUUUGUAUCUAUUGCAAUUAACACUGUAAACAAACUGAACUAUUUUAGAGUACUCACUAUUUUAUUACUCACUAUAAAAUUUCUAUUUUAUUUGACUUUUCUGAAAAUCAGAUUAAAAUCCUGGCAACAAUGACUUACAUGUAAAUAAAAAAAGAAAUGAGUGUAGAAUUCUAUAAAGGUGAGUGUGCAAUCUUGUGACCACCUUUGGGCACAUUAAACUUGGAUUUACAUACUUGAUAACAAAUGUGGAAACAAACUUGACAACAAACUUCACAAGAUAUUUGAUACCAACCUUGACAGCAAACUUGAUACAAAAUUUGGUAUAACAAAGUUGUUCAAAAAGUUGAUAACAAACUUGACAACAAACUUAAACAAACGUGCUAACAAACUUUGACAACAAACUUACCGUAAGCAAACAUGAUAACAAACUUUGACAUCAAACUUGAUAUUUGGAACAAACUUGACUACAACCGUAGUAACAAAUUUUAUAACAAACUUGAUCCAACAAACUUGAUAUUAAACAAAAUUUAUUACAAACUUGACAUC